GGAAAAAACCUCGUCACCAACAUCUCCUCCAUGACAACGUCGCACCAAUUCAGCUCCAUUCUGCUGAGUAUCCGAUUCACAAAAUAGUGCCCUCCAAAAAUCGAAUCAACCGAUAAAUAUCGAGAUAUUACCCAAUCGUGCAAGCACCAGUGCAUUUUAAAAUCGCAUUCGACUGUUUAAAUUGCUCGGAGAUAUCCCCCAGGUGUCGAUGCCCGGUAAAUCAUCGCAAUGAAUCAGUCUCGCAAUUUUACAUCAUUAUUGAACCCGAGUUAUCUUCAAAACGCCCAAAAUUCAACAGCAAGUGCAGCAGCAGCUGCAGCAGCCGCUGCAGCCGCUGUAUCUGCAGCAAUCGCCAAUGGAACACCCUUGAACCCGAGUGUCCUAUCAGGAGGAAAAAAACGUGACGCCGAUGAUGGCAAACAAGAUCGAGAAUCGAGGGAAGAACGUCGGAAACGUCGGAAGACCCGAUGGGGAGGAAGUGAACACGACAAGACAUUUAUCCCCGGAAUGCCAACUGUCCUGCCAACAAAUCUCACAGCCGAGCAGGAGCAAGCAUAUCUAUUUCAGCUGCAGAUUGAGGAAAUCAGCCGGAAACUGAGGACCGGCGAUCUGGGAAUUCCGCUCAAUCCUGAGGAAAGGUCACCGUCACCAGAGCCAAUUUACAGUAGCGAUGGCAAGAGACUUAAUACGCGGGAGUACCGGACGAGACGCAAAUUGGAGGAGGAGAGGCACAAUCUUAUUCAGAAGAUCAUGAAGAUUAAUCCUGACUUCAAGCCACCACCGGAUUACAAGCCUCCGAUUAUUCGAGUCCAUGAUAAAGUGAUGAUACCACAAGAAGAGCAUCCUGAUAUUAAUUUCGUUGGAUUGCUCAUUGGACCACGUGGCAAUACCCUAAAAUCAAUGGAGAAAGAAACUGGCGCGAAGAUAAUAAUUCGGGGUAAAGGCUCAGUGAAAGAGGGAAAAGUUGGAAGAAAAGAUGGCCAGCCAUUGCCUGGUGAGGACGAGCCUCUGCAUGCAUACAUUACUGCUAACAAUUUGGAUGCUGUGAAGAAAGCAGUUGAGAGAAUUCAUGAGAUAAUCAGACAAGGAGUGGAAGUACCCGAAGGUCAGAAUGAUCUACGCCGUAACCAACUGCGAGAAUUGGCUCUUCUCAACGGAACUCUACGUGAGAACGAUGGACCAAGAUGUACGAAUUGUGGUGCCUCAGAUCACAAAUCCUGGAUGUGUCCAGAUAAGCCAAAUGUAACGAAUAACAUCGUAUGCUCGAGCUGCGGUGGAGCAGGACACAUUGCGAGAGAUUGCCGAUCGAAGCGUCCAGGUCAGGGUGGUCCAGCAGCUGCUGGAAUGGGCGUAAUGGGUCCAGCAGGUGACAAAGCAAAGAUAGAUGAGGAAUACAUGUCCCUGAUGGCUGAACUUGGUGAGGGACCACCCCCAGAUCGUUCGAAAUCGGGACAACGAGCGAAUCCAAAUUACCCAGGAUUAUUUGACAAACAGACAGCCCCACGUGCCCUGAUGGCAGCACCAGCUCAUCCACCACCCCAGAUGAUGCAAAAUGGUCCAAUGAUGCCACCACCAGGCAUGGCGCCACCACCCUGGACCCAGACAGAUCCCAACAGCAUGAAUGGUAUGAAUAUGCAGUGGCAACAGCCACCUGUCAGUAUGCCACCGCCACCAGGUGUUAUGCAACCACCACCACCACCACCAGGAGCUCAACCAACUCAACCCAGUAUUCCACCACUGAUGCCAUGGAUGGCUGGAAAUAAUCAGCCACCACCGCCUGGACAGAUGCCACCCACUCAGAUACCACCACCUGGAAUGGGAAUUCCACCCUGGCAACAGCCACAGCAAAAUGCUAUGAGACCACCACCACCUGGUACAGCACCACCACCAGGUUAUCCAGCCUGGCAGCCACAGCACAUGACUGGUUGGCCACCAGCUGCACCUGUACCACCACCGCCACAACAACAUCAACCACCUGCACCACCUGGUAUCGAUCUCAACAGUCUACCCACUCUUCUCGCUCAACCACCACCACCACCACCACCCACUAGUUAGUUUCGACAGAUUUAUCCAGCGUAAAUUCAAUUGAAGAUCAAUUUAAUCUUCGUUGCUCUGGAAUAUAUCGACAGUGGUUGAUGAUAACAAUUUUUUCAAUAGAAUUUUUUUUUUCGAGAAUUUUCAGAGCUUCAUAAACUGUCAAAUCACGAUUUUUUCAUCUCUUUAGGAUUUUGAGAUAUUUUGGAAAAAUGAAAAAUUUUCAAUUCGUUAUGUGAGGUCGCUCCAAUCUGAGUUCAGUCUUUGGUGAAUAUCUCGGAAAUUGGGACAGGGAGAGAAUUUUUAUCAUGAACUCUUUUGUAGGUCGUAAAAUACUCUAUAAAAAAAAGUUCAUGUAAAAAUAACGCAUCUCGAGUAGAUUCUGAGAUAGGCAUGAGUAACGAAAGGCUAAUCCUUGCGUUAAUGAAAAAAGAAGACUAGUUUGGUAUUUAAUAGUGGAUUAUCAAUCAUACCGCGACGAUGAUUCAAUUAUACUUGAUUUUCAUACCCGACGUUUCACACAAUUUUUGUCAUUUAUCACACGGCACUGAGGAUAGAUUAACUUACGAUGUCUAGAAAUAACGCCCCCAUAAGACCUAAAUAAUUUCGUUGUCUCUAUUGUAUCGACAUACAUCAAGGGAAUUAAUUUUACGAUAAUUACGUGUUAGAUUAUUUCCUUUAGUGCAUCGUUUGACUCUGAAGUUUUUCCAAAAUUUCUGUGUACCUCAUAAUAAUAAUAAAAAAAAAAAAAAAACGAAAGGGCAAAAUGGAAACUCAAAUAUUAAAAAUUAAUUCAACGAAAUGGAAUAUUAUUUGAAUAUUCCAGAGCUACGAAUAUCAAUUCGUAAUUUCAUUAUUAUAAAUUAUUGAAUAAAUGAAAAAUUCCCUUUUGCGCCUUUCUGGCCUCCUCUACGUUGUUAAUCGAGCUGGCUAUUUUAAUUACGUAAUUUACCACUUUUGGAAGUCAUUGAUUAAGUACCUAAGAAUCUGGCGAUUGUGCUGUGCAGAUUAAACAAUAAAAUUUAAUUGAAUUAA